AUGACGAAGACGACGCCGUUUUUGACUCUCGCACCCUCCACAAACCCACCACCGAAAGUCACCAUCACGACACCACCGGAACAACUUCCACCGGUGGUUCCGGAGGAGGAGGAUUCAUGGUGGUUCACGGUGGCGGCGGAGGAAACAGGUUUAGGUUCCGUGAGUGUCUAA